CAGCCACUACCCGUUAUCUCGCAGUAGACUCCGUGGUGACUCUGUCUGUACUCACUGUGAUCUUGCUGUCUCGUCUCGCUUUUCUCUCUUCGUCUCUGUCAAUCUGCCUGUUUAUGCUGCCGUGCUGCCAGUUUUCUCAGGUUUCGAUCUGCCGUAGCGGCCUCUCAGGCCUAAUCGCCUGUUACUCUAUUGUCGCUAACAUCAUUUUGGCCGCUCGAUUGAUUCUCUUUGUUUGUUCAGGGUACCUUUUCAAAAUGUCUUCAAUUCCCCAAGGAGCAUUUGCCUCUUUCAAGAUUCGUCAAGGAAUGGAUGGGAAAGGAUACAACAAACUUAAAGAAGAGAAGUGCUUCCCACCUGUAAACAAGAAACUUGUCGAGCAUUCUCCGUUAAAAUAUAACAGCAAGAUGAUGAACAGCAUUUGGGGACAAUACAACCGCUACUCAGUCCAUAAUAUGAAGAAAAACACCGACUCCAACGAAAUGCUUCUGUGGGCGGAGCAGCGGCUGGCUACCGCUACUCCUCCGGCAUUCCAUGUGCCCGGUUUCACUCCCGACUUCUUCAACUGAGUCGUCUCAAUUUUACAUUGUAGUGAAAUAUAGGCAGGCUGGCCACUACGUAGUCUACAGGGGUAACGGGGCACCAAUGGAGUACAUAAAAUAACCACUUAUAUUGUAAACAUAAUACGAUGAUUACAAUGUGAUUUUUUAAUCAGUAUUAUUUAAAGUA